CUCAGCGACCCCCGGCCCGGCCCGAUCCCCAUCCCGAUCCCAACCCCGCUCCUGGUCCCGGCCCGGCCCCCGGGGGCGGCCGGACCCCCCCCUCCCUCCCCGCCCUGCGGAGCGGGGAGCGGCGCCGGGCAUGCGGGCGGUGGCAGCGGGCCGGGAGGUGGGAUGCUGUCGCGGAAGAAGACGCGGACGGAGCUCUCCAAGCCGGGCGAGGUGCAGGGGAAGUACGUGAAGAAGGAGACGAGCCCGCUGCUGCGGAAUCUGAUGCCUUCCUUCAUCCGCCACGGUCCGACCAUUCCCAGACGCACCGACAUCUGCCCUCCCGACUCCGCGUCCUCUGCCUACGCCCCCGGCGGCGAUGGCAUCGUCUCCAGGAACCAGAGCUUCCUCCGCACCCCGGUGCAGAGGCCGCCUCACGAGAUCAUGAGGCGAGAGAGCAACAGACUGUCUGCCCCCUCGUACCUGGCCAGGAGCUUGGCCGAGGUGCCCAGGGAGUACGGCUCCUCCUCCUCCUCCUCGCAGUCCUUCCUGGCAGAAGCCGGCCCCGGGCUGGAGAACGGCGACGCCGGGGCCCGGGGCUAUUACUACGAUCACUUCUACGAUGCCCAGAGGAGACGACAGCUACACGAGGACUACAGGUAUUAUGAACACAACAGUGAUCUUUUCCAGAGGAUGUCCCAGAAUCAUGGGAGGCACACUUCAGGCAUCGGGAGAGUUGCUGCUACAUCUUUAGGAAACUUAACAAAUCAUAGUUCUGAAGAUUUACCUCUUCCUCCUGGCUGGUCAGUGGACUGGACUAUCAGAGGAAGGAAAUACUACAUCGAUCACAACACCAACACCACGCACUGGAGCCACCCCCUGGAGCGCGAGGGGCUGCCGCCGGGCUGGGAGCGCGUGGAGUCGGCGGAAUUCGGGGUGUACUACGUGGAUCACAUCAACAAACGGGCUCAGUACAAACACCCCUGCGCCCCCAGCGUUCCCCGCUACGACCAGCCGCCGCCCGUGUCCUACCAGGCGCAGCCCCCGGAGAGGAGCCAAGCCCUGCUGGUGCCUGCCAACCCCUACCACAGCGCUGAGAUCCCCGACUGGCUGCAGGUCUACGCCAGGGCUCCUGUCAAGUACGACCACAUCCUGAAGUGGGAGCUGUUCCAGCUGGCCGACCUGGACACGUACCAGGGCAUGCUGAAGCUGCUGUUCAUGAAGGAGCUGGAGCGCAUCGUGAAGCUCUACGAGGCGUACCGGCAGGCGCUGCUGUCGGAGCUGGAGCAGCGGCAGCAGCGGCAGCAGUGGUACGCGCAGCAGCACGGCGCCAACUACUGAGCUCCCCUCGCGGCGCGCAGCCCCUCCGCGGAGAAGCGCUUCUGUUGAAAAGGCAGCUUAUUUUUGUUGACGUUGCACCUUUGUUAUUAUCCUCUCGAGUAUUUUUCUACAUGUAUUAUGUGUUGUUUAUAAAAAGUGGGAAUUGUUUGUUGAUCUUUUUGGCGGCGCCGGGAGGAGUUUGUUCCGCUGAGGAGCCGGCGGUUCCGUGGCUGCCCCGCUCCUCGCUCCCUUCCCCGCGGCCAGCUGCGGCAUUAAAAGCUGGCUGUGCGUUUUUUAAGGGCGAUAGGUGCGACCGUCACGUCCCGCCUGGCUCAGGGUGUUUCCCUGGGGCUUUGGGAUCCCCCUCCGGAGAGAGCUCUGCUCUUUGUUUACAGCUUUAAUGUACAGAACCAGCCCCGGGCCGUCGGCUCCCGGCAGCAGCCGAUUCCACCCUUCGGAUCCGAGUUGCCUUAUUUUUUACUUUAGCUCAGUAGUACUCCAGAUUCACUCCUCAUUCUCACACACGUUACUCAGAGGGGGAACCCUGUACCUUCCUAAAGACCAAGAUCUCUAAGCAGAGUGGUUCUGAUCCUGCGUUUCCCAAAACCUGACCCGCUCCAGUGGAAAGGCAGCGGCGCUGUCUGAGCCGCUGUGCCACCCCAGGGGGAAAAUCAGGGAUGUAACAGCAAUUACUGGGGUUUUUUGUAACGAGCUUUUGUCUUAAAGCUCCUCACUUGGGGAAAUCUCUAAUUGUCCAGUUACCCUCUCCAGUAAUUUCAUUUGGUUCAUUAAUUGUCCUGGUAUGUUAUUUAUGGGUUCUUUUCAGUGCAAUAAACACUGCAGACAAAAACUACAUUUCUUGUAAAUCCUACGAAUUCAAUAAAAAUCAUUUUGUUCAAUGAA